AUGAUGAAAAAUCUACCGGACAUCCAAUUGAACGAAAAUCUCUGCGAAAAAUGCAUGGAGGAAAAACAACAUAGAAAACCAUUUCCUUCAAGCCAAGCAGAAAGAGCCAAACAAAUACUAGAGCUAGUGCAUACAGACGUGUGUGGACCAUUGAGGACGCCAACCUUCGAGAAGAACAGGUACUUCAUUCUCUUCAUUGAUGAUUAUACAAGAAUGACUUGGGUGUAUUUCAUGAAAGAAAGGUCCGAAGUCUUCUCUAUCUUCAAGAAAUUUAAAAGCCUCGGCGAAAAUCAAAGUGGAAGAAGAAUUAAAGUACUUGGGAGUGAUCGAGGAACAGAAUACACAUCCAAGGAGUUUAACAAAUCCUGCGAGGAUGAAGGAGUCAACCAUCAACUAACUGUCGACUAUGCUCCAGAGCAAAAUGGUGUGUCAGAAAAGAAAAACAGAACUGUACAAGAGAUGGCCAGGACAAUGCUCGCAGAGAAGAACAUGCCUAAAGAAUUUUGGGCAAAAGUUGUAUACACUGCAGUCUAUCUACUCAACAGCCUGGGCUGGAGCCCACCCCAGCCUUUGGGGUGGCUCCGCCCCUGCCAACAUCUACGAGUGUUUGGGAGUAUCUGUUACGUGCACAUCCCAAAGGAAAAGAGACACAAAUUAGAAGAGAAAUCCGAGAAAGGCAUAUUCCUCGGCUAUGCAUCUCAAUCUAAAGGAUACAGAAUUUACAGCCUCAAGACUGGUAAACUAAUUAUCAGUCGAGAUGUAGAGUUCGAAGAAAAUGCUGCAUGGAACUGGGAGAAAGAAAAAGUUGAAUACCAAAAUAUCAUGGUACCUGCACGGCGGAGGCAAAAUACCAUACCAGAAGAACAUGAAGCAGAAGGUUCACAAUCACCUCCAGCUCCACAACCUUCAAGUCCGAGGACAAAAACACCAUCAACUGAAGAACAGUCAUCCCCAGAAUCACCAUCGAGAAAAGAAGUCAUUGGUGUUAAGUGGGUCUACAAGACGAAGCUUAACCCAGAUGUCUCAAUCCAAAAACAUAAAGCACGGGUCGCUAAAGGGUACUCACAAUUGCCCGGGAUCGACUACAACGAGACCUUCGCUCCAGUUGCUCGGCUAGAUACUAUAAGAGCUCUAAUUGCACUUGUAGCUCAGAAGAAAUGGAGAAUCUACCAGCUUGAUGUCAAGUCAGCAUUUUUCAAUGGCUAUUUAGAAGAGGAGAUCUAUGUCGAACAACCUCAAGGGUUUGUGGCAGAAGGACAAGAAAAUAAAGUCCUAAAACUAAAAAAGGCACUUUACGGAUUGAAACAAGCACCACGGGCCUGGUAUAGCCGAAUUGAUUACUACUUCACCAGUCAUGGAUUCAAAAGAAGCGAAAUUGAGCCAACACUCUACAUCAAGACCCAAGACAUCAUGUACGCAACAAGUCUACUAUCAAGGUUCAUGCAAAGUCCAAGUCAAGUUCACUAUGGAGCCGCGAAAAGAAUACUGCGAUACUUGCAGGGUACAAAAUACUAUGGAAUCCAAUACGAAUAUAACUAUGAGUCAAGACUGAUCGGCUACACAGACAGUGACUGGGCUGGAUCAACUGAAGACAUGAAAAGCACCUCAGGUUACACAUUUUCACUUGGCUCGGGCAUAUUCUCGUGGUCAUCUAAAAAGCAAGACUGUGUGGCGCAAUCCUCAGCAGAGGCAGACGAGUUUUGCCUGGAAGAGCGGGAGGAAAAUUGGGAAUUUCUAGAGAGAGAAGAAACCGGAAACGGUGUCGUCGAGGAAGAGGACGACUGCGAAUCCGAGUUUGCUUUCGUUGGAAGAGACUCCGGAUUCCGUCGCCGGUCUUCGCCGUCGAGAUUUUCUGCAACGGCCAGAUCCGGGCUUCUGCAACAAUGA